AUUGAAGUUCAAUUACUCGGAACAGGCAUCGGGACUAUAUACUGCCUUACGGAAACGAACAUCACGGCCACGCCCACCGGUGUUCCGCUAUCUUCCUUCCGAUGUGAGGUCUCGUCCUACUUUUAUUAGAUCAUUCCACCGGUGUCUAUCAGGUACGAGCAACUUUAAUAUGAGGCUCAAUCGUCCCUACAUCCGCAAGAUCUACGAUCCCCUCACCUUAAUUGGCCCUUAGCGCCGAAUCAUUACCCCUGAUGUAGUUGUUUAUGCUUCCUUUCUCGAUUGCGUGGGGCGGAGCGUCGGCUUCCGCUCCCGUGGCACCAUACGUACGCCUAGAUUUGGAAGGUAUAAGUAAUGGGCGACCACCAUCUUCAACCAUGACUCGAAAGGUGAGUCUAGUCCACACCACUUUGUGUCUCUUCUUCGUAAGUUUAGAUUAGACAUCAUGAGGUUUGUCGACCUUCUCCUCGGUGCCGCUGCCGCUUCCAGCGCUGUCGCGGCACCUACUAAGACCCAGAAGCGCGCCGGACCCUUCGAUUUCACCGGUGUGAGCGAGUCGGGAGCUGAGUUCGGUAAUACUGCUCUUCCUGGACGCCUGGGCAAGGACUACACCUGGCCGGACCACAAUGCCAUCUCUACCUUGGUCCAGAAGGGAUUCAACACCUUCCGAGUUCCAUUCAUGAUGGAGCGCAUUAUCCCUGACAAGCUAACUGGUACUGUCAACGAGACCUACGCUGCUGGCCUCGAUGACAUUGUCACGUUUAUCACUGGCCAGGGUGCCUACGCCGUUGUCGACCCCCACAACUUCGGCCGCUACUACAACAACAUCAUCACCGAUGUCGAAGGAUUCGGCGCUUGGUGGGGUACUGUAGCGAAGCGCUACGCCACGAACGAAAAGGUUAUCUUUGAUACCAACAACGAGUUCCACGAUGAGGACAACGACCUCGUCGGUAAGUUGAACCAGGCUGCUAUCGACGCUAUCCGAGGCGCCGGUGCUACCUCGCAGUACAUCUUCGUUGAAGGAAACUCCUGGACUGGUGCUUGGCACUGGACCUCCAGCGGUACCGCUGACGCCAUGGGCAAGCUAACCGAUCCCCAAGACAAAAUCGUCUACGAGAUGCACCAAUACCUCGACUCCGACGGCUCCGGCACAAGCGAGACUUGUGUCUCCGCCACGAUCGGCGCCGAGCGUCUCGCCGACGCGACCGCCUGGCUCAAGGCCAACAACAAGAAGGCUAUCAUCGGCGAGACAGCUGGCGGCUCCAACGACCAGUGUAUCAAGGCCGUCCAGAGCCUACUUUCCCACAUGAAGGAGAACUCUGACGUCUGGAAGGGUUGGCUCUGGUGGGGCGCUGGUCCCUGGUGGGCUGAUUACAUGUACAGCAUUGAGCCGCCUUCCGGUACCGCAUUUACUAAGGUCUUGCCUUCGCUCGCUGAUUACAUCUAAGCGGUAAUUGUUGCUAUUGGUGUGUUUUGGAGAAGAGAAACGACGAGAUUCUUGAAUAUAGUAUGUACAUACACAAAAUUGUAUAUAGCAAAUAUAAAAGCAAUUAUGCUGGAAACUAAAAUGUGGACUUACAUACCUAGGUAUACAUAUAUCAUCUCAUGUUCAUGCGAAUUUGACAUAUCUGUGCCUAAGUAUCGCUUGCUCUUUGAAUUCGAUAUUGCAUCAUAGCUGCCUUUAUGUCAGCAGAAUACAUGUACACAAAGGAAGCUAGUUCUCAAGUUAAAGCAUCAUUACAGGCAACGUGUAACUACGACAUGAAAGCUUACGAGCGUCUACCUAGGCUGCUGGGUGUAUGUAAAGGAGCAGGCAUACGCACAUAGUUAUUCAAAGCAUCC